UUGCCGCCCUUAACUUUUACACACAUAAAGAACUUGUGAGUUGUGUUGGCUGGACCUCAUCAGAUGAACUAUACUCCUGCAGUGAAGAUCACCAGAUUCUGAAGUGGAAUCUGCUAACUAGUGAGACUAGUCUGGUUGCCAAGCUUCCAGAUGACUUUUACCCGAUUGAACUCCACUGGUUUCCUAAAACUCUGGGCUCCAAGAAACAGAACCAAGCUGACAUAUUCGUUCUAACUAGUACUGAUGGAAAGUUCCACUUAGUUUCUAAAAAUGGGCUCAUUGAAAAGAGUGUAGAUGCGCACAAUGGAGCUGUGCUAGCUGGAAGAUGGAACUAUGAUGGUAGUGCUCUAAUUACAGCUGGAGAAGAUGGCCAAAUCAAGAUUUGGUCCAAGAGUGGAAUGCUGCGAUCUACACUGGCUAGCCAAGGUUCCCCAGUGUAUUCUGUUUCUUGGGGCCCUGACUCUGACAGAAUUCUGUAUACAUCUGGAAGACAGCUUGUCAUUAAGCCAUUGCAGCCUAGUGCUAAAAUCAUACAGUGGAAAGCUCAUGAUGGCCUAAUUUUAAAAGUUGAUUGGAAUUCAGUCAAUGACUUGAUAAUAUCAGGGGGAGAAGAUUGUAAAUAUAAGGUGUGGGACAGCUUUGGUCGGUUGCUUUACACAUCAUCUUCUCAUGACUACCCAGUCACCUCUUUGUCUUGGGCUCCCGAUGGAGAAGUGUUUGCCAUGGGCUCCUACAACACGCUACGACUCUGCGACAAGACUGGAUGGUCCUAUGCCAUGGAGAAGCCCAACACAGGGAGUGUGUUUAGCCUGGCCUGGUCUGCAGAUGGCACCCAACUGGCUGGUUCCUGUGGUAAUGGACAUGUCAUCUUUGCUCACAUUGUGGAGCAGCACUGGGAGUGGAAGAACUUUGCGAUCACCCUCACCAAGAGAAGAACCAUGCAGGUGCUAAAUGUGAUCGAUGAGGCAGUGGAUGUGUUAGAGUUUAGGGAUCGGGUCAUAAAAGCCUCAUUGGCAUUUGGGCAUCUUGUUGUUGCCACCUCACUGCAGUGCUAUGUUUAUAGUUCAAAAAACUGGAAUACGCCCCUCAUCUUUGACCUGAAAGAGGGAACUGUCAGCCUUAUUGUUCAAGCAGAGAAGCAUUUUCUGCUUGUGGAUGGAGCGGGCUUGUAUAUAUUCUCAUAUGAGGGCCAGUUUAUAUGUUCUCCAAAAUUUCCUGGGAUGAGGGCUGAUAUUCUCAAUGCUCAAGGCAUCUCUCUUAGCAAUGACACAGUUGCUCUUCGGGAUAAAAGUGAUGAGAAAGUCGUAUAUCUCUUUGAUGCCCUGACAGGGAAAGCCUUUGGUGAUGGCAAACCAUUAACUCAUAAGAUGGAGGUGGUGGAUGUUGCCCUGGACCAGUGCGGUCCCUUGAAUGAGCGCAAAAUUGCUCUCAUAGACAAGAACCGUGACCUUUACCUGACUUCUGUACAUAGACAACAACCCAAAAUUAGCAAAAUUGGUAGUAUGGUUCACUGUAUGCAAUGGAAUGAUUGUGCUAACAUCUUAUGUGGUAUUCAAGACAAUCAGUUUACGGUGUGGUACUACCCAAGUGUGGUGUUUGUCGAUAAGGAACUUCUGCCGCACACACUCUACGUUAAAGAUGGAAGUGAGUUUGCCCGGACGUCACAUAUUUUGAGCUAUGUGGACACCAAGGUGACAUUGCGCCAAGGGGAUGGUUCCUUGAUAUACAGCACUGUUCCUUCUUAUCCGGCUAUUCUCCAUAACUACAGCUCCUCUGCUCGCUGGGAGGAUGCACUGCACUUGUGUCGCUUUGCCAAAGACCAGUCUUUGUGGGCAUGUCUAGCUGGAAUGACUAUGGCUAGUAAAGAGUUAACAAUAGCAGAGAUGGCCUAUGCUGCCAUUGGAGAGUUACCUCGUGUGCAGUACAUUCACUUCAUAAAGGAACAGGCGUCCAAAGAAUCCUCUCUUGCCCAUAUGCUGCUGUUCACUGGUCAGGUCCAGGAGGCUGAAGCGGUUCUGCUACAAACUGGGCUUAUUUAUCAGGCAAUACAGAUUAACAUUGACCUGUUCAACUGGGAAAGGGCUCUGGAACUUGCAGUCAAACACAAGACCCAUGUGGAUACAGUGCUGGCCUUCAGAGAGAAGUUUCUCCAGAAGUUUGGCAGAAAAGAAUCUAAUAAGAGAUUUCUUCAGUAUGCAGAAGGGGUUGAAGUGGACUGGGAGAAAAUCCAAGUGAAGAUUGAGAUGGAGUUAUCCAAAGAGCGAGAGAGGGCAGCUAAUGCAUCUGUCAGAGGCAGCAUAGCUUCACGUCGGUAAUGUUUGUGGGACCUCAGCAUAAGCUGAGUAAAGCUGUGUGUCUCUGAAGGUUUAUAUGUAUUCAAGUUUGGCAGUAAGGGUAACCAAGCUGCUCAGAGAAUACUGUAUUUGUAACAUAAUGUGUAAUGUAAUGCACACUUCCUACAUCCUUUAGUUGUUAAUGAAUAGCUCUAACCCUAAAUGUCAUUGAAAAGGAAAAAUCAUUUUUUUAAUUUUGUUUUUUUAUAACAGUUUGGUGGGAUAAUACAUGUAGAAAAAAUGUAUAUACGAUUCCAUCAGCAAAUAACAAAAUUAUCCAAGUUGGGUGAAAUUUAUGUGCAAA